AUGAAGCAGCGAGCACACAUGGAUGGUGAUGUGAUGAUUGUUGCGUUUUUCCCUCUCUACACUUUGGGAUCAGAUCUCAGGAACAGCGGUGCUUCCAAGUAUGAAGACAAGCCGCUUACCUUCAAGAACUAUCAGUUGGUUUUGGCCUUGACUUUUGCUAUGGAAGAGAUCAACAAAACUCCUGCACUUUUACAUAACUUGACUCUGGGAUUUGAUAUCUGUACUGUUGAAGAUGGAUUGCCAACAGCAUUUAAAAAUCCCUUCAUUUGCUUUUUUGGGAACUACACGGUUCCUAACUACUCAUGCAUAAGUGGCAGCAAGUCUAUAGGAGCACUUACAGGACCAUCAGGAGUAUCAUCUGCCCAAAUAGGCCCAUUGCUGGACCUCUACAGGUUUCCACAGCUCACCAUUGGGCCUUUUGAUCAGGCCCUGAAUGACCACAGGAAGUUCCCUGCUCUCUAUCAGAUGGCCUCAAAGGACACGUCCAUAGCCACUGCCAUGGUCUCCUUACUGGUUUACUUCAGAUGGAACUGGGUGGGGCUGUUAACCUUUCUAGAUGAGAAUGGCUUGUGGAUUCUUCCUCUACUGAAAGAAGAGAUGGACAAGAACAGAGUUUGUGUAGCCUUCGAGCUAGCAAUCCAAAACUAUGGCUGGGAGUUACCCAUGAGGAGGAGAUCUUUAACGCGAGGUUCAUUCCAUGUCCCUCUCGCUUUUUCACACCAUCACUCAGAUGUUUCUGGAUUCACAGAUUUUGUCAAGGCAGUGAACCCUUCCAAAUACCCAGAAGACUAUUUCCUUGCUCGGCUGUGGUUUCUCUCUUUCAAUUGCUCAGAUUCUGAGUCUGACUGUGUCACAUGGCAGAACUGUCCUCGUGAUGCCUCCUUGGAUUGGUUGCCUGGGCACAUUUUUGACAUGACUAUGUCUGGAGAAAGUUACAAUAUAUACAAUGCUGUGUAUGCUGUGGCCCAGGCUCUCCAUGAGAUGCUGCUACAUCAAACAGAAGUACAAACAAUGGAAAACAGGAAAGAGACAGUGCCUUCCCCUGCACAGCUGCACCCUUUUCUGAAGAACACACAAUUUCAGAAUCCUGCUGGAGAACAGAUAACUUUAGAUAACAAAAGAAAAUUGGAGGCAGAAUAUGACAUUGUGAACAUUUGGAAUUUUCCACAAGGUCUUGAUUUUAAGGUGAAAAUAGGACAGUUUUCUCCAUUUCCUCUACAUGAUCAUCAACUAUCUUUAUCUGAAGAUUUGGUAGAGUGGCCCAUAGAAACUACAGAGCCUCUUCAUUCUGUCUGCAGUGAGAGUUGUGGUCCUGGAUUCAGGAAAUCCCUUCAGGAGGGAAAGGCUGCCUGUUGCUUUGAUUGUACCCCUUGCACAGAGAAUGAGAUGGCUAAUGCAACAGACAUGGAGCAGUGUGUGAAGUGUCCAGAUCACCAGUAUGCCAACACCCAAAGAAACCAGUGCCUCCUAAGAGCUGCAAGCUUCCUGGCUUAUGGGGAGCCAUUGGGGAUGGCCUUGGCCUGCCUGGCUCUUGGUUUAUCGACACUCACAGCAGCUGUUCUUGGGGUCUUUGUGAAACAUCACAACACCCCUAUUGUGAAGGCAAAUAACCAGGCUCUCAGCUACAUCCUGCUCCUCUCCCUCAUCUUCUGUUUCCUCUGUUCUUUACUCUUUAUUGGCCGACCCAACACAGUCACCUGCAUGCUACAGCAAACCACAUUUGGAGUUGCAUUCACUGUCGCUGUUUCUGCUGUUUUGGCCAAGACUGUCACUGUGGUUCUGGCCUUCAAGGUCACUACUCCAGGGAGAAGGAUGAGGUGGCUGCUGGUGUCAGGGGCUCCUAACUUCAUCAUUCCCAUCUGCCUCCUGAUCCAGGUGACUCUCUGUGGGAUCUGGCUGGGAACCUCUCCUCCCUUCAUUGACACAGACACAUACUCUGAACAUGGCCACCUCAUCAUCCUGUGUAACAAGGGCUCCCUCACUGCCUUCUACUGUGUCUUGGGAUUCCUGGGCUCCCUGGCCCUGACCAGCUUCACUGUGGCUUUCCUGGCCAGGAACCUGCCUGACACCUUCAAUGAAGCCAAGUUCCUGACCUUCAGCAUGCUGGUGUUCUGCAGUGUGUGGCUCACCUUCCUGCCUGUCUACCACAGUGCCAAGGGCAAGGUCAUGGUGGCUGUGGAGGUCUUCUCCAUCUUGGCCUCCAGUACAGGGCUUCUGGGCUGCAUCUUUGUCCCCAAGUGCUACAUCAUCUUGAUAAGGCCUAAUAUAAAUUGUGUGCAUGGCUUUAGGGACAGGAAAUGCCCUGGACAAAAUAACACCUCCUAA